CACAGACAGAGAGACAGAGAGACAGAGAGACAGAGAGACAGAGAGACAGAUUAUUAUUAUAAAAAAAGAAGACAUAUCUACAUACACAGCCAUGAAAUCACAAAAGAAAAAUGCUGUUGUCACCACGGUGACCACACACACACACACACACACACACAUACACCUCAGCCCUGAAGCAGAAGUGAAAGGGAAUUUGAUGGGAUGGAUCUGGGUCGUUCUCUCUCUCACUUCUGCUUUAAUCUGUUCACAUGUAGCUGCUGCUGCUGAGAGAGAGAGUCGAUGCCCGAGCAGCAGGGUUUUCACAACGAGUGUGUCCCUACGGAAUUACCAUGGACUUUGAAAGAGUUCGUCCUCCAGUGAUCGAAGACUCCAGCCUCACGAGCUGGGUUUCGAUCGGCUCCGGGGGGUUUGGACAAAUCUACAAAGUCAGGCAUCAGGGGUGGUGCUGCGACGUGGCCAUUAAGCUGCUUCAUAACGACAACGCACAGACACACGAAAAAAGGAUCAAAGCUUUGCAGCGGGAGGUCCAAAUGAUGCUUCAAGGAAGCAGCGAGUAUGUUAUGCAGGUCCUUGGAGUCUACGAUGGUCAGCCGCCGAACUUUGCACCCUCACCACAGCUGGGUCUGGUCAUGAAGUACAUGGAGAAAGGAUCUCUGGAAUCGCUACAGAGCACUUUAGACGGAGUUCCACCGUUGCCGCUGGUCUUCAGGCUGGCUCACCAGGUGGCCCUGGGGAUAAACUUCCUCCACAACCUCUCCCCUGCCCUCCUCCACUGUGACCUGAAGCCCAGCAACGUGCUGCUGGACUUGUAUCUCAAUGUCAAGCUCACAGAUUUUGGCCUUUCUAAGCCUAGUCAGACUCAGGCUCAGGUUUCCAGGAGGGAUACAGAAGACGGGGGAGGGACGAUCAGCUACAUGCCACCGGAGGCUUUUGGAAUAAACUACAAACCUUCCCGAGCCUCUGAUAUCUACAGCUAUGGUAUCCUGCUGUGGUCCAUCGUCACAGGGAAACAACCGUAUCCACAUGCACUCCCCAGCGUCGUGAUGUUCCGGAUCCCCGAGGGAGACCGACCAUCGCUGGAAGAGCUCAGCCAGGUUGCAGACCAGGCGGAGCUGAUGGGACUGAAGGAGCUCAUGAUAAAUUGCUGGGGGGCCAGUUCCACCCAAAGACCCUCAUCCUUGGAAUGUACAAAAAUCACAGAGCAACUGUAUCAGACGCACAAACAUGGAAUUAAUGAUGCCGUCCAUGAAGUGCUGAAGAAACUGGAGCAGAAGGAACGAGACAGAAUAGCGGAGCAGCUUCAGAGGCUUCACGUCACUCCGGCCUCAGGGGCUCCCAGAGUUCAAGCGGUGAACAUUCAGGAUAAUGUGCUGACGGGACCUUCGCCCGUUCAGGAAGUGGCCUUUGGGAGGAGCUCAAAUCAAAGGGUCAAAGACCCGCCGGCAUCCCGACAAGCAAACGUGUGUGAUGUUGACAAGACCCACUCGUCCACAGACGACCAUAAAGCCAAAGCUUCCUCCGUUCAUCCCAUCAGUGCAUCGCCGGCGCCUCCUUCCACCACGAGGUCACCUCAGGCCAGUGCAGCUAAGAAUCCCUCAUCUCAACAGUUCCAGCGUCAGUUUUCCAGCCCGACCCCUUCUUCUACGAGUCAACCGACAUACAAUGUCUACAUCCACUGCAGCCAGGUGACGGGAGUUCAGAGCGGCAACAAAAACAUCAUGUACAUCAACAAGGAGCCUUUAGAGAGGAGGCGACACCCAACAGCGCCAUCUCGUGUCAACCCCCCGUCACCACAUCCAGGAAGCAGGAACAACCACUGAGGAGGUUCACUUCUGAACACGAUUCAGAUUUGGUGACAUGCAGGCUUUUGAAAUUAUGUUUUGGUGUUUCUGGGGAAUAUUUAUUCUGCUUCUUUUGUUUUGAAAAUGUUUUACCAGUCAGAAACGUAUCACACCUCUCUUUCGCCCCCGUCAGCAGAAAAACAGGAGCCAAGUCCGAUCAUGUGGUUUUUAACAAGCUGUAGUCAGCAAAUAUCCCCGGUCGCAGCGCCAGGCCACCAUCAGGCGCCAAAACACGACUUAACGCCAGACGGACCGUGAGUCACAAGAGGUCGAUUUAGAAUCUAACCUGUUCCCAAACAGUUCACGUCGUUUUAGCUGAAAUUCCAAAAAGUACAGAAGAGUAUUGGGACCAGACAUAAGAAAAAAAGAUCAAAGUCGAAAAAGUAAAGAAUAGAAUCUUUUUCCAAGAUCAAAGUCAAACUUAUAAGAAUAAACUACUGGAGUUAGCACGUAUGACUGCGUCUACAAAAUGUGUCGAUGAUCGCUGAAAUCGAGAUUCACAGUGAGGUCACCUGUAUUCGGGCUUCGUAGAGAACAUGGCUGUCAGCCGCUUCAACCUCCGACUUCAUUCCCGUUUUAGUUUGAUUUGAUCCUCAACAUUUCCACUUUAUUCUCGACAUUUCCGCUCUAGUGUCAUUAUCAGCAUUUCCACUUUAUUGUCAACUUUAUUCUCAACAUUUUGACGGAAGGAAACAGAAGAAUCAACCGUACAGGACACGUGUGAUGGUUGAUGGAAAUCUCACGUUCAGUCUAUUCCCAAAGAUGGAAUCUCCACCUCUUUAGUGGAACAGAGGUUUUGCUACAGGCCACGUUCAUUUGCACUGAAAUACAGAAUUGGAUCACCAACAUAUUUCUGCAUUGGUAUCAAUUUGGUUUCUUUUUAUACUUUUGUGUCUUUUUGUGGAUUUAUCUUUACCCGGUUUAACUUUGUAUUCUUUUUUUUUUAAAUGUUCAUUUUAAAUAAAAAUUCUAUGAAUAUCAUAAACCAGUUUGAAUCCAUCAUAAGUGUGUCAGACAUCCAAUGUGACAGUGGAUUUGAAUACUUGACAGAAACGUCCUCUAAAUGUACUGGAAAUAAAAGAUAUCUAGAAUAUAAA